AUGGUGCUGGACACCAUGCCUCCGUUCUCGAAGAGCGGCCUCCAGGUACUUGCUGGCGAGUACCUGGCUGGUCCUCUUCUGAAGUGGGACGAAAUGUCCCUGUUCGACCAGCUAUUUGCAGCGGGCUCCGAGCCCGAAAUGUCUGUUCUGACCUGGGAGCUGACCGAGCUCCUUUGCAACAUGGUCAUUGUCGUGGGGCCCGGCUCCCCCCAAGCCUACCUCCUCCGUGUCGUUCUCGCGCCCGAGUUUGCGUGGUUCGGCUUGCACUAG